AUGCCGCGGCUGGGGGCGCCUUCUUGCAGCUGGAGAGCCGGCGUUGGGGCCGCGCUCAAAACUUCCAUUUUUGUUGUCUUUUUGGCCCAUGGCUCUCACGCUGUGGCCCGCAGCUUUUUGGGGGCAGCUCAGGGGCCCAUGGAGCCCCCUGGGGCCAGCGCUGCGCAGCUGCAUGCAGAGACUUCUGCUGCUGCCGCCGCUGCUGCUGAGACUGCUGCUGCUGCUGCUGCUCUUGAUAAGCUGCAAACGACCAGUUUGGAGGAAGACGAGGCCGCAGCGUUUGCGGAGCUGCAGCAGCGGGUGGCUUCGGGGGCUGUUCCUGCUGUGCAGCUGGAGGGGGAAGUGAAAACAGCUUUUUUGGGAUUUUUGCAAAAAGAAGAAAAUAAAAUAAAAGAACUCCAGAAGGCAGUAUUAGCUGCUGAGGGUGGGGAGGGCGGUGCAGCGCUGCUUCAGACGGGCGCGGCGGCCGCGUCCAGCGCCAGCAGCGCGCAGCAGCAGCAGCAGCAGCAGCUGCAGCAGCAGCAGCAGCACGACGCCGACGAGCCCGAAGCAGAUGAAGAAACACCUCCUAAUGUAGAGGACGCUAAGGCCCUCUGGGAUGAGACAAAGACAGCAGCAAGAGAUCAUUUCGAGGACUUAAAAGCAAAGUUAGGUGAGUGGAAAGAAAGGGGGCAGUCUGCAGCGCAGCAGCUAAAAAUGGGGCUUAAAGGACUUUUUGGUAAAGCUAAAAAGAAGGCCAAAGCAGCAGCAGAUAAGCUGGGGAAAAAGGUGAGAACCAUUUUGAAAGAUCUUUCAAAGACUGACGACGAAGUUCGAGAGGACCUCUUCGGCGAUGGCAUGCAUGAGCCCCAAGACGCAGCAGCAGCAGCAGCAGCAGCAGAAGAAAGCGGCGACCUGCGCCUCGAGGACGCCCUAGGCCCCGACCAGCAGAAGCAGCAGCAGCCGCAGCAGGAAGACAGCGAGCAGCAGCAGCACAAGCAGCAGCCAGAGGGUCCGCAGCAGCAAGGGCAGCCUGAAGACUUCAAGCUAGAAGAUGCGCUGUAG